AUGACAUGUACUUGUAGGAGUUGGGACUUGACUGGUAUUCCAUGUAGACAUGCUAUAAGUGCCAUUUGGAUGAAGCAUGGUAAGGGUCCAGUGAAUGACUAUGUCCACCAAUGUUAUUUCACACAAACAUACUUGAGGGCCUAUGGAGGAAGCAUCAAGCCUAUGGCAGGUCCUACUGAGUGGCCUGAAACUGAUAGAAAGCCACCUCUUCCACCUGUAUACACUGCCAAGCCAGGAAGACCCAAAAAAGCAAGAAAGAAGGGAAUGGAUGAGAUAUCCACAUCUGGGAAAAAGAAGGGGGUUGCUGAGGUAUCCAAAUCUGGGAAAAAGAAGGCAGGUGAUGAGGUCUCCAAAGAUGGUAUCCAUUUGAAAAGAAGCCAUGUGAAGAUGCAUUGUACCAAAUGCAAGAAGGAAGGCCACAACAAAAGAAAAUGCCCUGAAGAUCCUGCUGUUAGGGAGAGAUUGGCCAAUCCAAAGAAAAGAGUUAGGGCAAAGGCAAACAAACUUACAAACAGUGAAGCUACAGAAUCUGAAACUGCACAAGAAACAAAGAAAAUGGUGGUUCCUACACUGCCUGAUGCAACACUUGAAGAUGAAGAUGAUAAUUGGUUGGCAAACAUUGAUAUUGAUGCAGUGGUGUCUCAAGUGCUGCAAAACCAAACAAUGCAACCACAAGUGGAUGCUGAGGAAAUACCAAUUACUAGUCAGCCACCUACUCUUGGAGAAGAAGAAGAUAGCCAACAAGUGACUCCACCAACAAAGAAGAAGCUGCAAGCCAAUGCAACUCAAUGGAGGAAAUAUAACACUCGUGGCAAGAUGAAAUCAAAAUUCAAGAACACAAGUGAUGAUCCUAUAAGCAUUGAUUAA